AUGCGCUUCCUCGCCCUCUUAGCUGUACUCGCUACCCUCGGCCUCGCCCAACCGGUCACGCCCACGCCGCGUGGAGCUGAGCACGCACGGCCGACAUGUGUGGUCGAGCACGCGGAUGGCGGAGACGACACACCUAAUGUCCACAAGGCGGUUGAGGCUUGUCGGUCUGGCGGUGUUAUUCACUUUGCGUCCGGUGUCGACUACCAAAUCCUCACACCGGUGCAGAUGCAGAAUCUCACCGACGUUGAGAUCCGGGUCGAAGGCAAUCUCCACCUCCCGCAGGACAUGGAGGUCGUGCGAACCAAGGUGGCCGCCGACGCAGGUCUCAUGCUCACGGGCAUGCGGUGGUUCUCUUUCGGGGGCAAAAACGUUCGUUAUGUCGGCACGACGAAUGUGACUGGCGGCUGGAUCGAGGGAUACGGCCAGCAGUACUGGGAUGCCAACCCGGCCAACGGGACGGGUAUCGACAACCGGCCCAAGCUCAUCAUGUGGGAGCUCGAGGACUCGUCCAUCACCCACCUCAAGAUCCGCAAGCCACCCGCGUGGGUCAGCAGCAUCAGCGGUAACAACAUCGAUGUCCGCGAUGUGUAUAUCGAUGCUUCGACAAGGCCGGGCGGCGGUUUCCCUUUCAACACAGACGGGUUCGAUGUCGCGGCGACGAAUAUCCAGUUCCACGAUAUGACGAUUUUGAAUGGAGACGACGCGAUUGCCAUCCAGGCCGGCGCGGAGAAUGUUCUCGUUGAAAACGUGUAUGCUGGUGGACCAGGGUGUCAUGGCAUGAGCAUUGGGUCAUUGGGGAGAGACAAUACACAGUGGGUAAGCGUCAAGAAUAUCCAUUUCAAGGAUAUUACCAUGGUUGGGGCGGUUUAUGCUGCACGCUUCAAGUCCUACGAGGGGGGACAGGGUCUCGUCGAGAACAUCACUUGGGAGAACUUCAAGAUCGAGAACGUCACCAUCCCAAUCUACGUCACCCAGACGUACCACAACCAGGGCUCGCUCCAGACCCAGAACGGGCAGGAGGUCAAGACCAAUGUCACGGGCCAGGCGGUCCAGAUGCAGAACUUUACGUGGAAGAACUGGCGCGGUUCCAUCAACACUUUCCACCCAGGAGAUGCGAGUUGCGCCUCCACACCUUGCUGGUAUGAUGUCCCUGGGGCGACGGGGUCCGAGGCGGUGAUUAUGACGUGCGCAAACGCCGACUCGUGCCGCGGAUUCAAUGUCGAGAACGUCCAGGUCAUCCCACAGGAUUACUCCGACCCAAGCAUUAUGUGCACCAACGUUGGCACUGCGUCCAACCCCGAGUUCGGCAUCGACUGUGUCAACGGGACGUUCGUUCCGCGCCCAUGA